AUCGAAGACGCGCAGGACUCACAGAGGAGACGCGUAGUGGAAAAAUGAUUUAGUUUCAUCUGAAAAACAGCUCAUUUGUUGCUGAACAUCUAUAGCUGGGAAUAAAACGUGCAAAGUGUUUUAAAGCCGGAGGAGGAGAAUUCAUAACAAGGAAAUGGCUGCGGGGAGAUUUGCGGCACUUCGCUGGAGUUUGCUGUCCGUCUGCGUCCUGUUGAUCUCUGCAGAGCAGAAAAACAUCACAGCUGAGUCUGGACAGAACGUCACUCUGACAUGUCGAGCCCCAAACAACAACAACAACAACAACAAAACCAUCGUAGGUGUAGAGUGGAGCAGAGCUGACCUGAAGGAAGAAUAUGUCCUUUUGUACCGCGAUGACUUUGAACUGUAUAAACAGCAUCCGGCCUUUAAGAGCCGGGUGGAUCUGCAGGACAGUCAGAUGAAGGAUGGAGACGUGUCUUUGAUUCUGAAGAACGUGACGACUGCUGACAGUGGAAGAUAUGAGGCUCGUGUGAAGAUGGGAAAAACAUUCAGGAAGAGAGCUUAUCUGGACGGUGACCCCUUCUGUACCUUCAACCUGAGAGUUGUCCCUCAUGGGCAGAAAAUAAUCACAGCUGAAUCUGGACAGAACGUCACUCUGACAUGUCGAGGUCCAAAUCAGAACAUCAUCGCUGUAGAGUGGAGCAGAGCUGAUCUGAAGUCACAGUAUGUGUUUGUAUGGUGGGAAGGUCAGGUUCUUCCAGAAGAGCAGCAUCAGUAUUUUAAGAACCGGGUGGAUCUGCAGGACAGACAGAUGAAGGAUGGAGACGUGUCUGUGAUUCUGAAGAACGUGACGAUUAAUGAUGCUGGGACAUACGAGUGUCGUGUCCAGAGAGGAGAUGACAGUGUGGAGCUCAUCAGCAUCAUCUACCUGAGUGUUGCUCCUCCAGGUUCACCAGAACAAAACCAAGAAGAUGGAGGGAAGGAGGAUGGAGCCAGAAGAGCACAUCUUCCACUGGUAGAACAGUCCCCCGAGAACUGGUCCUCUGCGAGCAGGACUAGGCCGGAUGACCUGUCUAACCACUGGUCCACUGCGUACGGGACUACGGUGGAUGAUCUGUACAAUGACCGGUCCACUGCAAGCUGGACUAGAGUGGACAACCUGUCUUACCACUGGUCCACUGUAAGCGGUACUAGGGUUGACGACCUGUCCAACCACUGGUCCUCUACAAGUGAGACUAGGGUAAAGAACCUGUCCAACAAUCGGUCCACUGCUAGCGGGACUAGGGUUGACAAUCUGUCCAACGACCGGUCCGCUGCGAGCGGAACUAGGGUGGACGAUCAGUCCAACGACCGGUCUGCUGCAAGCAGGACUCGGGUGGACAAUCUGUCUGACAACCAGUCCAUAUCAGAUGCAGCCAUUAAUUAACCAUUAUUGCAAACUUGAAAUAAAGAAGUUUUACGUGUGUUGCCUGUUUAUAUUUAAUGCAGUGUCAGCAGUAUAAGUGUGGGUGUGUGAUCC